AUGCGUGUCGCUCAACGCGUGGACCCACCCUGCCCUGAUUUUGCGCGGGACACGCAGAACCAGGCAGGGCAAUACGACGAGUACAUCGCCAACGUGGACAUCAGGACCGAGUACGUGGAUGACAAGAGCAACCACCAGAGGGUGAUCUACAAGUUCAGGCCCUACGUCUUCGAGGGCAUCGACACCAUCGAGAUCAAAAACGCGACCCUCAUGCCCCAGCGCGUGGUGGAUGACAUCAUCAAGACCUGCCUGCCGGGCCACGCCUACAAGGUGGAGAUUGGGCUCAUGGACAAGGUCCGAGAGAGGAUCGAGAAGUGGUACCAGGACCGCGGGCUGCCCUUCUGCUACGUGGGCUACUUUGAUGGGAUGGAGGAGGGAGUCCUGCGCGCCAACGUGAUAGAGGCCAAGAUCAAUGACGUCGCG